AUGUCUUGCACAAAACUCCACGAUUCGUACUACUUUGCCAAAGUGGCUUCUCAGGAAUCUCAGCAACUUCCCCCCUUCAAGGCUUCAUCAUUUCUAUCUUCAGCUCUCUGCCUGCAUCAUGUACAACUUAUUGCCCUCAAUUCGAUGAAUUCUUCCGAGAUCCAACCGAUUUCCUGGAAGACCUUGCAUGAGUGGUCCAAAAGAAGCGAAUCCGAGAAAUAUCAUCACAAUAUUUGGUCUCUGCAUGACAGGCAUGAUAGACAGCAACAAAUUCAUAUAAUUCCCAGUCAUUCCCAGGACAGCGGCUCAUCCAAUUUAAGCGCGUACUUUUCUGGUCAAAUCAUGGCUCAGGCAUAA